GUUCGCAGCCAACACGAAGCACUCAGAGUGCUCCUAAACGGUUGAAAAAAUUUAGGCGGGGAUCGAUUCUGAAACGCGUAGUACGAACGUUUUUUUUUCGGGGCGCACAUCGGCUGAGUCGGCAGUGGAUUUGAAUUUGCAAACCGUGUUGACGCGUAUUGUUGCCCGCCGUGGUUUGAGCGCGAUCGCCUUCACACUCCUCACUGGUUGUUGCUGCUGUGACAGUCCCGCGGAUUCUUCGAGUUGUGGUGUGGCGGAUCACACGACGAGAGCGCACACAGCACAGUCUUUUGGCGGUCGAUUUGCGUUGCAUAUCUGAGCUGUUGGUUCAAUCAUAAACGGUAUUCGGCGGCGAACGGAUUGUCGAACGACGGUGUCGCGGAGGUUUCCAUCUGUUCAUCUGUAACUUCAUCCCCAAGAUAUAAACCUUUUCGUUCUUGGUGGCGCCAGCUCAAGUGUUGAUGGUGGUGCUUGACAGUGAGCGUGCGUGCCUGUUUAGUUGCUGUUCUGUACUUGCUUUCAAGUGUUCUACUGCUAUUUAAAACGGAUCGGAUGCGAUAGUGGAUGUGGUUUCUUAAAAGUGAAAUCGGAUAAAGGUAGUGUUAUCGAUUGGUGAAAGAAAUCGUUGAAAAGCCUCAAGUGUGCGUUACGCAAAAGUGAAACGAUUUUAACUUCAGUUCUUUGCUGGAGAAGUCUCGCGAAUCAACGGUCUUUGGAAGCUGAAGGUGCAAACCGUACACUUUCUGUGUUGUUUUUAAUUGAAGGAAGCAAGGAUAAGAUACAAAAAGAAAAAAAAAAUGGUGGGACAAAGAAUCGCAAACUCUUUACUCAAGAGAUCGGCAUUUUCAACGGCAAUCAAUGUAUUACCAAACGAGGUGGCGGCAGUACCCCAACCGGGUACCGGGCAGGAACUACGAGCAGCAGACGCUGGCGGUCAUGUCAAACCCUACUCCGAAGUGCCAGGGCCGAAAGAGUUCCCCCUAAUAGGAAACAGUUGGCGAUUUGCUCCGCUAAUUGGCCAGUACCGCAUCGAAGACCUGGAUAAGGUGAUGUGCGAUCUCCAUCGACACUUCGGGAAGAUCGCCAAGGUGGGCGGCCUGAUCGGACACCCGGAUCUGCUGUUCGUGUUCGAUGCCGACCUAAUCCGGGAAACCUUCAAGAAGGAGGAAGUUCAACCACAUCGACCCGCCAUGCCGUCACUGCGGAACUACAAAUCGAAACUGCGAAAAGAUUUUUUCGGCGAUAACAUGGGACUGAUUGGAGUACACGGCGAAAAGUGGGAUGCAUUCCGCGCUCAGGUACAGCAGGUGAUGCUGCAGCCGUCGACUGCGAAAAAAUACAUCGCUCCACUCGACGAAAUCUCCACCGACUUUAUGGCCAGAAUACACGAAAUGCGGGACGAGAACAAUGAACUGCCGGGUGACUUCCUCCAUGAGCUCUACAAGUGGGCGCUCGAGUCGAUAGGACGUGUGGCACUGGACACCCGGUUAGGCUGUGUUUCGAAAACGGGCAACGAGGAAUCGAAGCGAAUCAUCGACUCAAUUAAUGCCUUCUUCUGGACCGUUGCCGAGGUCGAACUGCGGAUGCCCAUCUGGAGGAUAUACCAGACCAGUGCCUACAAAAAGUACAUCGGAGCGCUGGAUUCAUUCCGAGAUCUCUGCAUGCGUCACAUCAACAUCGCCAUGGAAAAGAUGAACAACAGCGGCGCAGUGAAGAGCGAAGAGCACAUUUCGAUAGUCGAGCGCAUCCUGCAGAAAACGAACAAUCCUAAAAUAGCAGCCGUCCUGGCGCUGGAUCUAAUUAUGGUUGGCGUUGAUACGACCUCAGUGGCGGCUACCUCGACCAUCUACCAGCUAAGUCAGAACCCGGACAAGCAGGAAAUUUUGUUCAACGAAAUCAAACGCAGCCUGCCCACGACUGAUACGAAGUUCACGACUUCGAUGCUGGAAACGAUGCCCUAUCUGCGUGCUUGCAUCAAGGAAACUCUCAGAAUGUAUCCAGUUGUGAUUGGCAACGGACGCAGCCUCCAGUCGGAUGCCGUUAUCGGAGGAUACCAUAUUCCCAAAGGGACCCAUGUUAUUUUCCCCCAUCUGGUCGUUUCGAACCUAGAGGAGUACUUCCCGGAACCGGAUCGCUUCCUACCCGAGCGGUGGCUCAAGCGUGGUGAGCUUGCCGAGCAUGCCGGAUGUCCGCACGCCGGUCAAAAAAUUCAUCCCUACGUAAGCCUACCUUUCGGAUACGGUCGACGAACCUGCAUUGGGCGGCGUUUCGCCGAAUGUGAGCUGCAAAUUUUGCUGUCCAAGCUUUUCCGACGGUACCACGUCGAGUAUAACUAUGAUAAACUAACGUACAAGGUGAACCCCACUUACAUCCCCGCCAACCCGCUGAAAUUUAAACUAACGGAGCGCAGUGACUGACACUAUGCGGUACCUGUUUGCAGAGUAGCAGAGAAUAGCUACUGCUGGGAUAGCGUAUAAGAAUCGUAGAACUAACUGGGAGAUAUGCUAAUUCCCUUCCGGCUCUUCUCAGCCCCUGCACAGCACACGAGAGCACACCGGCGAUGUAAUAAAAUAUUUAUGUACAUAAAUGUAUGGAAUAAAUCGAGAUAAGCUUUACAAGCAGAUAGAGCACACGGUGUAAGUCAUUUUUGGUUUUGCAUUUUUUUGUAUCUCCUCCGUACUGAAGUCGAGUUGAGCACCGAUUAGGAUAAGUCCCAUGAGGUACUCGCAAUGAACUGCGCGCGAUAACCCCGUAAGCGAACGCUCGUUUUGUUCUGUGAUAUUCUAGUUUGUGGUGGUAUUAUAGUUAGACAAAAAAAGGCUACUCACUAUUUAGCGGAAUCGUUCAGCUGGUACUCGUUGCUACGGCAGAAGCAUUCUUGCACACCGGAAUCCGACCACAGUCUUUUCAUCGCUAACAGCAGAUCCUCCGAGAAUGGCUCUGUAUCGUGCAUCCGUUGCACCACAUCGAACACCAUCUUUGCGUCACACUGGAAAAUUGAAAAUGGUAGAUUUGUUUAGACAUUUACGAAUACAGAUUACAAACUGAUUAUUUGAUGAUAGUAUAAUGAUUACGUUAUGGAAUCUUACUAGAACUUAAGUUAUGUAAAUGAGGAUAAUUUUAUGAAAACUGAGGUAAAUUUGCGUUAACAACACAUCCACUCUGAUAAAUGUAAAAUUUUACUUGAUUUUUGAUCGCUCGUUCGCACAAUCGUCAAUAG